GAAACCCUUUUGCUUGAACCGGAGUUCAACACGCAAACAAUAAGCACAGCUUCCAACCCGACUUUUGAUGCAAGACAUCACUUUUUAUUGAAUGGUUAACCGAUGAUUGAAGGACAACCAAUUGAAAUUUGUCAGUAGUUAGAAGUUGUUGAAGAGCGACGUCCUACUCAAUCAAAGGAAGCAUCUUUACAAGUAUACCAAUCUUGCAUUUAUUGCAAUAAUUUUACGGGUCAAAUCAGCUGGCUUGGACCCGAAAGCUAGCCAACCACAACAACACAAACUGCAAAAUGGAGUGAUUUUGUCAUCUUACAACUGCGAACGUUAGAACCCCAUGAUGGGUGAGAAGAACUUUACCAUGUCCCCUACGAGUGCGAGUGGUAACUUCAUCGAGCCAGCUUAUAUGCGCUGGACACUUCGCUUGAUAUUUAUCGUUGUGUUCGUAGUAGGAAUCAUCGGUAACUCUGUGGUUUGUGUGGCUGUGAUCCGUCGUAAGCGGAUGCGGACGAGCAAUAACAUUUUCACUUUUAAUCUGGCUCUUUGCGACUUACUAAACGUAGUGAUCUUUUUACCGACGCAAAUGGCUGCGUUUGAAAACAACCAUAACUGGGCUACAGGAAAUUUCAUGUGUCAUUUCACCUACAUUCUGGUUCCUCUCUGCUUGUCAGCCUCAAUCGGGACACUCCUCGCCAUAACAAGCGAUCGAUACAGAGCAAUUGCUUAUCCUAUGAAACCCCGAUUAAGCGGUAGAAAAGUCAAAAUCAUCUUGGCUGUAAUUUGGAUCACCUCUUUUGUGAUCUGUUCUCCACUUCUAUAUGUGGCUGGGAUAGUAAGACCUAAGCCUGGUAAAGUUUAUUGCGAUGAGAAAUGGCCAGAUCCUCUUUAUUCUGAGCUCUAUUGGAAUUUCAUUUUUGUGAUUCAAUACAUCUUACCUCUGGCCAUUAUUGUAGUGUUAGCAGUGCUAAUCGCGGUUAAGAUUCGUAAGAACAACACAAUGAAAAUGCUUCCUAAAAGCUCUCAGGUAAUAGCAGCUGCAGUCAGGCAGAGAAUGAAACAGACUUCAAAAAUUACCAACAUGCUUGUCGCUCUGGUGAUACUCUACGCAAUCUGUAUGCUUCCUCAACAUUUUGUGUUCUUGUGGUCUAAAUACGGUGACUUAUCCAACUCCAAGUACUUUGUUUACGUUCUGCGAUUUUCAAACGUUUUCCCAAUGGCAAAUAGCGCACUCAAUCCUAUCGCUUACGGAACACUGAAUAAAGAGUUUAAGAAAGUCUUUAAAAGUUUCUUUCGCUGUGAGUGCGGGCAAAAGACGAAUGCGGAUGUUUAUAAAACAAAUCCUAAGGCAAUGAACGAAAUCCGUGGUGGUAAGUUCAGAUUAGCAGUGUAUAAACACGCCAAUGGCGAUGGAAAGGCUGGUGGCGAUGUGGAGAGUGGGAGCCGACGAACUCCUGCUUCUACUACCUCUUCGGCGACAAAUAAAAAACUUCAAAGGAGAAGUGAAGAUGGUGGAAGAGAAUUUAAAAGGACACCCAUUUCUAAUGGUUAUACCACAACUUUGUCCAUAUGUGAUCAAAAUUCGAAUGAAAACGAAGACGAAAGACAAAGUCUUUUACAAAGAGAAACAAAAGAGGACUGUUCAAACAUGUCACGUUCACGACCACCCCCAACUUACAUGAAACAGAAAGAAGAAGAAGAGCAAUUGUUGAUAGAUAGCGGGAGGGGAUCUGAAUUUGUCAGAAAUGAACAUGUGUUUCCCAACGAUUCUGAAGACAAGAACAUGCAAAUAGACAAUAAAAUUGCUGCAGAGGCCAAUAUAAGUCGUCCUGAUGCUAAUGUGUGUGCGGGUUGCGCGUUCGACCCGAAGAAACUACAUCCAAAGGAAAACUUAGAGACUCAGUUGUUGACACUUAAUGACGUCGAAAAUGACUCAUUUAUGGACUGCUGGGUUGAAGUGAACAAAAUAGACCAAAAGCUUCUCGCCUAUAUAAGCUCUUUACAAGAAACUGAUCUUUAGAACACUAUAUCCAGAUAUAAUUUCGGUUUCUCUCCCAAUUUUGUUUCGCUUAUUAAAAAUACAUUUCAAGUUUGCUCCGAUAGUGGAAACUAAUAACAGGUUUAGCCUUGUGUAAACAAAGAGCACCAAAUCUUCGCUACUAUUGACUGAAAAACGCAAAGGGUCACUUUUGAAUUGUAAAUAAAUUAAACUUUUCAUAAUCAAGCUUAACACAAAAGAGAUCCGAAAAGGGAGCACGCGAAUAGAAAAGAUUCUCUGUUCAAUCAUUUGGAUUUGUUUAACACGGAAUGCAAAUCCAGAAACGAAUUAUGUCUCAGGUCUUUAACAUCCUUCAAACAUUGCUCACUUUCAAGUAGAAAGUUUGGCUCUGGUUUUAUUCCAAUCGAACAAUUCCACGGCACUUGAGAUUUUAUUUCAAGUUGUUGUUUAUGUGUACUCUAUAAUUUAAUUAUUAUUUAACGUAAGUGACCAAGCGAGAAAGAUUUUAUGAAGACGCAGACAGAACAAUACACGGCUAGAGGCAACAUCUGCCCAAUUUGCAAUAAAUUUCAUGGUUGAGGAAGGCGCUAACAAGAAUCAAAUUAGUCUGUUGAAUGCACUAAUGACCGUCUAAGAGAAGUAUUAAUGAAAUACCUUGUAGCUAAAAUUUUCUGUUCUAACAAUAUCUGGAAUCCUGUGAAAGUUAAAAGAGGACAAGGAGUUGCUUACAACAUGUAUUGACAACAAAGUCACAUCAAAACCUGCUCUUAGUCAUAGAGCCGGUGCAAACAUAUACACUAUAGCUGUCGCCAAUAAACAUAAUAACCAAAUUUAAUAUCCUUACUAUUUGUGGGGGUACAUUGCCACCAAUUAAAUGUUUUUUUUUCUUUGUUUUGACGCAAUUGCUCAAA